GCCAAUAUGAUCGUUUAAUGGUAUAAGAUAAGAAACUCCUCAAAUUUAAAGUAUUCGACGAAUUAUUGUUAUUGUGAAUAUGUUGCGUAUUUAUCUUCAAAAUACUAGGCAAAUUAAGUUUCUGCAAAAAUGUGGUUCUUUGAAAAUUAGAAGAACUUUUGCAGAUAAGAGAAUAACUAAUAGAAUUAUUCUAAGGGACAAGGAUUCUAAUCUUCCAACAUUAAAUAAAAUAAAAAAUAAUCUAGAAUCACUAAAAAAUGCUCUACUGCCAUGGGACCCUAACGACGAUGUAAUACCUUGGUCAGAUCGUACACCUGAGAUUUCAUUGCAUUGUGAUAUUGUUGUAAUUGGUGGAGGUGUAAUAGGCAGUUCAAUAGCUUAUUGGUUGAAGAAACGAUAUUAUAAAACCAUGAAAGUUAUAGUUGUUGAGAAAAAUCCGAUGUAUACUACAGCAUCAACGGUUCUCUCAGUGGGAGGGUUGCGCCAACAAUUCUCCCUCCAAGAAAAUGUUGAAAUGUCUCUUUUUGGCGCAGAGUUUUUACGUAACAUUAAUGAUUACUUAGGCAUCGAGGGGGAACCUCCGAUUGAUUCAUUCUUCCAUCCAUAUGGAUAUUUAAUGUUGGCAUCUGAAAAAGGAGCAUCCACAUUAAUAGAGAAUUCUAAAUUACAAAAUUUUCUUGGAGCAAAUAAUAUUUUACUAUCGUCAACUAAGCUGAAAGAUAUGUUUCCUUGGAUGAACACAGAUGAUGUUGCAUUGGGUUGUUUAGGAUUGGAAAAGGAAGGCUGGUUUGAUCCAUGGUCUCUUCUUUGUGCUUUUAAAAAGAAGGCACUAAUGUUAGGAGUAGAAUAUGCUUAUGCAGAAGCAAAAGGAUUUGAAUAUAAAAAGAACAAAGGCGAACACAUAAAAGACGAGAAGUUAGACAAAUUAAUUAUAGAAACUCCAGAAGGGGAAAGAAGAACCAUAACUUUUGCAUUAGCUGUUGUGGCUGCUGGUGCUUAUAGUGCAAAAAUUGCAAGAAUGGCAAAAAUUGGCUUUCAAAGUGGAGACAUAAAAAGUAUAGCUUUGCCUGUUGAACCAAGAAAAAGGUAUGUCUAUUGUUUCCACUGUCCUGAAGGACCAGGUAUAAAUACUCCAUUCACGAUCGAUUAUUCAGGAACAUAUUUCAGAAGAGAAGGUUUAGCAGGUACUUACAUUUGUGGAAAAUCACCAGAAGAAUCAGAGGAACCUUCGAUUGAUGACUUAAGUGUUGAUUAUGAUUACUUUGAUGAAAAAGUUUGGCCGAUACUUGCACAGAGAGUUCCAUCUUUUGAAAAGUUAAAAUUAAAGUCUUGUUGGGCAGGAUUUUACGAAUAUAAUACUUUCGAUCAGAACGGAAUAAUUGGAAUGCAUCCAUAUCAUAGGAAUUUAUUGUUUGCAACCGGAUUCAGUGGACAUGGAAUUCAACAAGCGCCAGCUGUAGGUAGAGCAAUUUCAGAAUUAAUUAUUGAUGGUAGAUAUACAACCAUUGAUUUAAGCAACCUCGAUUUCUGUAGAAUUAUUAGAAAUAAUCGUAUGUUAGAAAGAAAUAUUGUUUAAAACGUGCGUUAUGUAUCUAGAAUAUGAAGUUUCAUGCAUACAUAAAUAUA